CUUUCUGUUUGCUGCAGCGAGGUGUACUUGGGUUUUACCAGCUGCUUUAAGAGGAAAAUAUGAAGGAUUUACUGUAACUUUAUGGAUCAAUCGGAUUAAUUUCAAACGAGCAACAGCAGGUUGGAACGAUGGAGACAAGCGAGCUUCUGGUUGAAACCCUGAAGCAGCUGAACCUGGAAGAGUUUGGAAAGUUCAGGACUUUGGCUGAAGCAAAGCUGAGCUUGGUGACCUCCAGCAGCCUGGAAGCAGCAAACGUUCAGGAUGUUGUUGAUGUGAUGGUGAAGAGCAGCAGUGCAGGAUGUGUGGAGGCCGUCAGAACCGUUCUGAUGAAGAUGGACCGCUUGGAUCUGGUGCAACGAUUGUCAGCUACUGACUCAGGAGCAAAAGAUAAACUUUCUGUUGAUGAAGAACGACUUUCACUGGACCAGAGGAUAGAAAAGCUGAGCCGUGAUUUUAACCUGCUGUUGGAAACACUGAAGCAUCUGAGUGAUGUUGAGGUCCAGGACUUUAAAAGACACCUGAGAGUCAGGAGCUCUAGGUCCAGACCUCGGUACUCGCUGCAGGAGCAGCCAAUAUGGAUGGAGAGUAAAGACCUGCAGGAUGUUGUGAUUUUCAUUAUUCAGACCCAUAGAAAAAAGUCUUUAAUGGUGACCAGAGAUGUUUUAGAGGGAAUCAGGAGGGAGGAUUUGGUCCAGAGGCUCAGCAGCAGCUCAGCCUCCAGAGAGAUGCCGUUGGGAAAACAACCUGCUCUGAUCCAUAAAGUGGCGACCAUGACAGCUGUUAAAGACGUUCUUCUGGAAACUCUGGACGAUUUAAAUGAACCUGAAUUCAAUGAGCUAAAACUGUUACUGCAGUUCACAAACUUCCAGAGAAAUAUUCCACUAUUGUCAUGGAAUGGACUUUAUUCUGCAGACAGAACCAGGAUGGUGGAUCUUCUGGUUGAUAAAUGUGGUAAACAAUCUGUGGAGGUGAUCAGGGAGGUUCUGUUGGACCUGAACAGAACCGAUCUGGUGCUGAGGCUGCCUGAGACCAGCUCAUCAUCUAAAGAGAAACUUUCUAUGAAGCUGAACUCUGCUUUUCUCCAGAAAGUGGAAAAGUUGGAGUUUGUGACGGAGCUGCUGCUGGAAACACUGGAGGAGCUUCAUGAAAAAGAGAUCAGGAAGUUCCUGGAAAUCACAGAGAGUAAAAUUGACCAUCUCAGUGGAUACAUGCUGUUUUACCAUUUUCCAAAUGUACGAUACAUUGUGGUGGGUUUGGUGCUGACUUAUUUCCACCAGUCAGUGGAGAAGACCAUGGAUGCUUUAAAGGAGAUGAAGAAGGAUGAUCUGAUAACGAAGCUGUCAGACAGAAGCUCAGGACUUAAAGAGAAACCUUCUGCAGGUCAACAUGGUUCUGCUCUGAUCCACAAAGUGGCAACGAUGGCGGCUGUUAGACAGCAACUGCUGGAAACUCUGGACAAAUUAACCCAGGAGGAAUUUAUGGAAAAGUUUAAAGACAGUUUAUCUGAGUUUUCAAUAAGAUUGGAGUUCACAACAAAGAAAGCAGAAUAUAUUGAUGAGAUGAUGAUGAAGUUUGGCCAGCAGUCGAUGAAGAUGAUCAAAGAUCUUCUGAUCAAAGUAAACAGAAAAGAUUUGGCUGAGAAUCUUCAAGAAACUGUUUUUUUCUCAGAGAAAUUAUUUGUGGAUGAAGGAGAUUUAUUUCUGAAGCCAAAAACAACCACAGCAAACGUUCAUCUGGAUCUUUUUGAGAUUCUUCAUGAGUUGGACUGGAGGACUUUAAUGACAUUUAAGUUACUUCUUCGGUUCACAUGCUUUGAUCUGGGCGUCCAGCAGAUUCAGGAUGUCCAUCUAGACCCAGUGAACCCAGCACAGACUCUGGUGGGUCUGAUGGUGAAGGAGUUUGGUCAACGGUCAGUUGAGAUAGCCAGAGAGGUUUUAGCAGACAUGACUGAUCUGGAGGUCACAUCCAAAGGGAUUCCAAUGGAUUUGCGACUCAAACAUGCAGAAACAGUCAAUUCCCAAAAGGACUCCAGCAGCUGGACUAAAGUUGAACCUGAGAUGAAAACUGCAGAUCCAGACGAGGCUCCAGCUUACAGCCUCCAGAGUGAAGCCGGACACUUUGAGUGCAGCGUCUCUGGUCUGCGCUGGUUCUGUUCAGAACGGGUCGUCUUUAGGUACCGGUUCUGCUCCUGGUUCGGACACAUGGAGAGGAUGGAGAGCAGAGGAUACCGGCCUGCUGGUCCUUUACUGGACAUCAGUCUGAUUACUGGGAGGAUGGCGGAGGUGUUCCUGCCUCACUGGAUCUGUGUCGAUGACGUCCCUGAACCUUUGGAGCAGUUUGCUGUCCUCCACAUGGACGACUGUGGAGACGUUGUGGAGAAAGUCUCUGAGGUCUCACCGUCACACGUCAAACUGACUGAACCCAUUUUCUCUCCCAGAGCGGUUCUGAUGAGAGUCGGCAUUCCUAUGAAAGUCUUCUGCAACAUGUUGCUCUAUCGGACCAACACGGCUUUCCUCACGUUGCAUGUUUACCUCAUCCCACGCGACCCAGCUUUACAGCAGGAAAUGGACCAAAGGGAAAAAUCUUAUGGAUACAAAGUCAUCCGAAAGCCAGAUCCAGACCGGCCUCUGAAAAUGUCUGAAUACUUCGUCCUCACAGCAGAUCUGAAAACGGCUGAAGUUUGUCCUGAGAGACUAAAGCUCAGGUACGACCCCAAAAGGCCAAAUUUCUUCGAAGUGUACAUUAAAAAUGCAGACACAGACUUCCAGAUGAAACUCUCAAAAGCAAAGCAGCCCAACCCAGUGUGGAGCUGCACACUUCGAAAAGAUGAAUACCACAAAACUGAGGACAGAGAAGGUGGAUCUACUGGAGUCACUUAUUCACACAGUGCGGCAUCCCUGCGCUCGGACAGAGAGAAGCUCCUGGAAGUGAUUGAAAAUCUGAAUCAGCAGGAGCUGAAAAGGUUCCGGUUUUUCCUGAAGGACGUUGAGGCGUUUGGCUGCGGAGCAGACGGAGGAGCCGCUCCGCUGAGCAUCACAGCCGGUCAGCUGGAGAACGCAGACGCCUUAGACCUGGUGGAUCUGAUGCUGCAGACCUUCAGCCAGCAGGCUGUGGAGAAAACCAAGGAGGUUCUCAGGAAAAUACCCAGGAAUGACCUGCUGGAGGCGCUGUCUGGAAGCGGCUCCUGAUCCAAACAGGAACCACUUCCAGACAAAUUCAGGACAAACUCCAGAAACAUUUCACACAAAUAAAUACAUUCAGAUUUUUCCCCCUUUUUUUUCUGUGGAUGAUUUUCUUUUUUUUAGAGCAAAUUAUCAAAUAAACUUUUGAU